UUAAAUGGGCGGACUUGUAGGCGCGGUCACGUCCACAGCGGCUGCGGUGUGCCUGUCUGUCACAUAUAAGCGCGCGUACCACCGGCCGACAGGCGGAACUCUGCCUCACUCCGAGAGUGGAUCCGACCAGACCGGACCGACACCGGGGAUCAUCGGAACACCGCUCCUGACACAACACAACGGAAUCAGGAAUCAGGAGUUCAGCCGAAAUCCCGGACUUACUUUAAAAACAGUCGAAGGCGAGGGGGACCCCCCUGGAUCCAGGUCCAGGCGCUCAGAAAUCACCAUGGCUUCCAACUCGGCGAACAUCUCCUCCGACAAGCGGUUCCUCAUCUUCUUUGACUUUGAUGAGACCAUCGUGGAUGAAACCAGCGAUGACAUGGUGGUGCAGGCCGCCCCGGGACAGCACCUGCCGGACUGGCUGAAGGACACCUACCAACCUGGCCGAUACAACGAGUACAUGCAGCGCGUGCUGGCCUACCUGGCGGAGCAGGGUGUCACCGAGAGCGACAUCCGCAGCAUCAUGGAGAAGAUCCCAGCCUCCCCCGGCAUGCUCACCCUGCUCCAGUUCCUCCGCACCCGGCCCCCGCAGGACUUUGAGGUGGUGCUGUUGUCUGACGCCAACAGCUUCUUCAUAGAGUCCUGGCUCCGUCGCGCAGGGGCCCGCCAAAUCUUUCACCGGGUAUUCAGCAACCCGGCCACCUUCAACAAGGACGGCCGGCUGGUGAUGCGGCCCUUCCACUCGCACGACUGCGCGCGGUGCCCUAACAACAUGUGCAAGCAGGUGGUGGUCAGGGACUAUGUGGCCCGCAGGACGCAGGAGCGGGGCCGCCCAUACCAGAGGAUCUUCUACGUGGGUGACGGAGCCAACGACUUCUGCCCGGCGCUCGCCCUCGGGCCCCGAGACGUGGCCUUCCCGCGGAGGGAUUUCCCCAUGCACCGGCUGAUCACGGAGACCCAUGAGGCCAUGCCCGGGGAAUUCAAGGCGGUCACGGUUCCGUGGGCCAGCGGGGAGGAGGUGGUGCAGCGGCUGCGGAGGCUGGUGGCAGAGUAGAGACAGGGAGGGGGGACCAUUUAGGGGCCAACUGAUAUUUAGUAAUGUUCUCAGGUAAAAUAGUCACACAACUUGUUGUUCAAGGCAAUACAAAAUAUGUGUAGGUUGCUGUCAGUAAUAAUACAUCAUGUCUAGUAGUCUAGCUUCCAGUCCACACGUGCCUCAGUCCAGCCCAUCUAACAUAGACUGUAUAUAUAAAGGUCCAGCCUCACGUUUUGGGUCAGGAGCAGGCACGUGCACACAAAGACAUCAAAGUGGGCUUGAGCCCCAGCCCUUUUUCUUCCUCCAGAGAAAGUGCCCUUGAAUAUAUUUCUACUGCUGUUUGCGCACAGUUUCCCUUUCCAAAAAUAUAUUGAUUGAAUACAAAAUAAAAACAUCAGGUCGGGAGAUUAGACUGUGAAGUUCCGAUGCUCUCUAUACCCUCCCUCCCCGUCUCCUGCACAGCGGUGCAGACAGUCAUCGGCAGUCACUUCAGACAGACAGGUAGCAGCACCUCCCACUUUAUGGUUCCAUGUUAUGCCGGCUUUUCUUGGCUUAUUUUGAAGGCGAGUGGUGAUGAA